GGAAGUGGGUGGCGAAGGUGGCGGCACGCCACAGCCCCACCCCCGGCGGGGUGAGGUGGCUCAAGCCCGGGAAGCUGGGUCCCGGCCCUGUCGUCCCCCUUCCCGGGGGAAGUUGGAGUUUUCCCGGCUUGAGCACUCGACGCAGAAACUUCCUCCGUCCCCCCCUCCCCCUCUCCAUGCAGGCGACGCCGAGCGAGGCGGAGGCUGGGGGCGAAUCGGCGCCGAGCUGCGUGUCCGUCGCGCGCUCUGAUUGGACAGCUGGGAAGCCUGUCAGUUUAUUGGCCCCGCUGCUCCCGCCCCGUAGCUCAGGGCAGCCUUUACCCUUUGGCCCCGGCGGGCGCCAGCCACUCAGAUCGCUUCUUGUUGGUAUGUGUAGCGGCAGUGGCCGCCGACGGAGCAGUCUGAGCCCGACGAUGAGGCCGGGGACUGGAGCCGAGCGUGGAGGCCUCAUGGUGAGUGAAAUGGAGAGCCAACCUCCCUCGCGGGGUCCCGGGGACGGGGAGCGGAGAUUGUCCGGCUCAAACCUGUGCUCCAGUUCUUGGGUCUCUGCUGACGGCUUCCUGAGGAGACGGCCCUCGAUGGGGCAUCCUGGCAUGCAUUAUGCACCAAUGGGAAUGCACCCAAUGGGUCAGAGAGCAAACAUGCCUCCUGUACCUCAUGGAAUGAUGCCACAGAUGAUGCCCCCUAUGGGGGGACCUCCAAUGGGACAAAUGCCUGGAAUGAUGUCUUCAGUAAUGUCAGGAAUGAUGAUGUCUCAUAUGUCUCAGGCGUCCAUGCAACCUGCCUUACCGCCUGGAGUAAAUAGUAUGGAUGUAGCAGCAGGUGCAGCAUCUGGUGCAAAAUCAAUGUGGACUGAACAUAAAUCACCUGAUGGAAGGACUUACUAUUAUAAUACUGAAACAAAACAGUCUACCUGGGAAAAACCAGAUGAUCUUAAAACACCUGCUGAGCAACUCUUGUCUAAAUGCCCAUGGAAAGAGUACAAAUCUGAUUCUGGGAAGCCUUAUUACUAUAAUUCUCAAACGAAAGAGUCCCGCUGGGCCAAACCCAAGGAACUUGAGGAUCUUGAAGGAUACCAGAAUACCAUUGUUGCUGGAGGUCUUAUUACAAAAUCAAACCUGCAUGCUAUGAUCAAAGCUGAGGAAAGCAGCAAGCAAGAAGAAUGUACUACAGCAUCAACAGCCCCAGUUCCUGCAACAGAAAUUCCUACCACUAUGAGCACCAUGGCUGCGGCAGAAGCAGCGGCUGCUGUUGUUGCAGCUGCUGCAGCUGCCGCAGCAGCUGCUAAUGCCAAUACUUCCACUACUCCUACUAAUACUGUGGGAAGUGUUCCCGUUGCUCCUGAGCCUGAAGUUACUUCCAUUGUUGCUACUGUUGUAGAUAAUGAAAAUACAGUAACUAUAUCCAAUGAAGAACAAGCACAAAUUGCUAAUGCCACAGCUAUUCAAGAUCUAAGUGGUGACAUAUCUAGUAACACUGGAGAGGAACCAACUAAACAAGAAACUGUAACCGAUUUUACUCCUAAAAAAGAAGAGGAAGAAAACCAACCAGCAAAAAAAACAUAUACUUGGAAUACAAAGGAGGAAGCAAAGCAAGCAUUUAAAGAAUUAUUGAAAGAAAAGCGGGUACCCUCCAAUGCUUCAUGGGAGCAAGCUAUGAAAAUGAUUAUUAAUGAUCCUCGGUACAGUGCUUUAGCAAAGCUAAGUGAGAAAAAGCAGGCCUUUAAUGCCUAUAAAGUCCAGACUGAGAAAGAGGAAAAAGAAGAAGCAAGAUCAAAAUACAAAGAAGCUAAGGAAUCCUUUCAGCGUUUUCUUGAGAAUCACGAGAAAAUGACUUCCACAACCAGAUACAAAAAAGCUGAACAAGUGUUUGGGGAGAUGGAAGUUUGGAAUGCUAUAUCAGAGCGUGAUCGUCUUGAAAUCUAUGAAGAUGUUUUGUUCUUCCUUUCAAAAAAAGAAAAGGAACAAGCAAAGCAGUUACGAAAGAGAAAUUGGGAAGCCUUAAAAAACAUACUUGACAAUAUGGCUAAUGUUACAUACUCUACUACUUGGUCUGAAGCCCAACAGUAUCUAAUGGAUAAUCCAACGUUUGCAGAGGAUGAAGAGUUACAGAACAUGGAUAAAGAAGAUGCAUUAAUAUGCUUUGAGGAACAUAUCCGGGCUUUAGAAAAGGAAGAGGAAGAAGAAAAACAGAAGACUUUAUUGAGAGAAAGGAGACGGCAGCGUAAAAAUAGGGAAUCUUUUCAGAUAUUUUUAGAUGAAUUGCAUGAGCAUGGACAACUACAUUCUAUGUCCUCUUGGAUGGAACUGUAUCCAACUAUUAGUUCUGAUAUUAGGUUCACUAAUAUGCUUGGUCAGCCGGUUUUUUCAUUAGGAUCAACUGCACUUGAUCUUUUCAAGUUUUAUGUUGAAGAUCUUAAAGCACGUUAUCAUGAUGAAAAGAAGAUAAUAAAAGACAUUCUGAAGGAUAAAGGAUUUGUAGUUGAAGUAAAUACUACCUUUGAAGAUUUUGUCGCAAUAAUCAGUUCAACAAAAAGAUCAACUACUUUGGAUGCUGGAAAUAUCAAGUUGGCUUUCAAUAGUUUACUAGAAAAGGCAGAAGCCCGGGAACGUGAAAGAGAAAAGGAGGAAGCUCGGAAAAUGAAAAGAAAAGAGUCUGCAUUUAAGAGUAUGUUGAAACAAGCUGCUCCUCCAAUAGAGCUGGAUGCUGUCUGGGAAGAUAUCCGGGAGAGGUUUGUAAAAGAACCAGCAUUUGAGGAUAUAACUCUAGAAUCUGAAAGAAAAAGAAUAUUUAAAGAUUUCAUGCAUGUGCUUGAGCAUGAAUGUCAACAUCAUCAUUCAAAGAACAAGAAGCAUUCUAAGAAAUCUAAAAAACACCAUAGGAAACGCUCCCGCUCUCGAUCGGGUUCAGAUUCAGAUGAUGAUGACAGCCAUUCAAAGAAAAAAAGACAGCGAUCAGAGUCACAUUCUGCAUCAGAACAUUCUUCUAGUGCUGAAUCUGAGAGAAGUUAUAAGAAAUCAAAAAAACAUAAGAAGAAAAGCAAAAAGAGGAGACAUAAAUCUGACUCUCCAGAAUCAGAUACUGAACGAGAGAAGGAUAAAAAAGAUAAAGAUCGGGAAAGUGAAAAAGACAGAAGUAGACAGAGAUCAGAGUCAAAACACAAAUCACCUAAGAAAAAGACUGGAAAGGACUCUGGUAACUGGGACACUUCUGGCAGUGAACUGAGUGAAGGGGAAUUAGAAAAGCGCAGAAGAACCCUUUUGGAGCAACUGGAUGAUGAUCAAUAAAUUAUACCAAAUAUAUGUUUAUAGUAUGAUUUAAAGUCUAAUUCAGACCAGGGAUUAUUUUAAGUUCAUUUUACAUAAUAACACUGGGUUUUAAUUGUGUCACAGGAAAAAAAAGUGCAUUUAUGUAUUGUUAUUGUGGACUUUAUAAAAGCAAAGGAAAUUGAAAAUAACUUGAUUCUGUAUCAAGAAUCAUAUUUUCCUACGAUCAUAACUGUCUUUCUGUGACCCUUUCCUAGGGCACUGCAGGAUGGAUUAAAAGUGGCAAUUAACUGAUAGCUGCAGACGUCUCUCCUUUGUUCUAAGUCAUGAGGUGAUUUGAUUUACUUUAUAGAAGUUGGAUUUUGCAGAUAUAAUGAACAUUUUUUUUGAUAAUGUAGUACAAAAAAAAGCACCAGCAACCCACGUGAAGACUGCUUUUUUGUGCACUACUGAACUGGUUAAAGCCAAUGUAAUCUUUUAUGGUGAGCUCUUAAGAAAUAGGUGUUUUUGAUGGAAACCUGGUAGACCUUUAAUUAGCGGGGACCUUUAACUAGUGGUGCUAAUAAGCACUGCUGUAAUAAAGCCACCAUUAUUUUUUAUGAAACAUCUGAAUACAUUUUUUAAAGGCUUAUAAGGGCAUUAUUUUGAGCAUCUAUUUUGAGGUGAUGUUUUAAAAUAGGUAACACCAGAUUAAAUUGUAAAUUACUUUAAAUAUCUUGCCUUAAGGACCUACUAAAGAAUGUGCCACCGAACUUUUGAGUGAUAGUUGAAAUAUCCUUGUGGGGAGGGGGAAGAAAUCAAUGUUGACUUAAACAUUUUCUUUGAAUUUUUAACCCAAUCUUUCUCUUUCACUUUUUUUUUUAUUCCAUUGAGGAGGUUGUAAAUUGCCUUCCUUACUCACUGAGAAGUAUUGACUCCAUGGUACACAGUCUAAAGCAUUUCUGAUUUCAAUAUUUUUGUACAUUUUUAUCUAUUAUUAAACCUUCUCUUGUAGUGUGCGCUAGUGUUUAUUUCUACAUAAACUACUCAGCUCUAAGGAAAUGUAUGAUCAUUUACAGUAUAAUAAAUCCCUGAAAUUUUGUUUCAUCUUACCCAUGAUAGCUACAUUACUAUUUAUGAACAUAAACCAGUGCAUUUGAGGUCCUUAAAUGUGUUUUCACCUAUAAAUUUCCUAUGGAAUGUUUUAGAAAGGCAAUGGCUUAAAGAUAGAAUACUUUUUACAUGCUAACUUUUGCAGGUUAGUAAUGUAACUUACACUAUUUUCCUUCAGUGCAGGAGGGUUUUUUUUUAAGUGUUUUUUUGCUUUUUAAGUAUAAUUUAGCACUUAGCCUUCGGUAUCAUCUUAGGUAUUAUCUCUGUUAUUUUAAUUUGGACUUGCUGAGAUUGUCUCUUUAAAGUUGAGAUUUAGAUAGAGCAUAAAUUGUUUCAUUGCCCUUUAAAUGAGUUAGAACAGAUUAGUAAACUGUUUUUUCCAUCCUGUCCAGUGUUUUAAUUAAAUCUAGUGGCCACUGUUUAAAAACUCAGAAAAGGGAGAUAAUUUGUUCCUAAACUUCUCACUGCCAUGUCAUUUUCUGUUGUGAAAUAAGACAUGACUUUGUGAAAAAGAUCAUUAUCUUUGAGAAAAUGUUAAGUAAUCAAAUUGCUUGCUUGAGAUUAGUCCACCAUUGUAUGUUACUUAAAAUACCUAACAACUUUGGCAACAGAAUUUCAUUGAAUUUAAUUUUCAGAGGUCCCAAUUUAGCUAUAGUCAAGAUUGCUAAUGAGUCUGAGCACUUUGACAUAGAGUCAGAGAUAAUCUUUAAAUCAUGCAUUUGAUAUUGGGAGCUAAACCAGUAAUGUUUCCUAAGAGUAUUUAGAGUCUGUAAAACCUGUUUUAGUCCAUGAAUGAUGAUUUUUAAAGUACAACUUUAAAUUUUUGAUAUAUUUGAAUAAAAAGAUAAUUGAUGUGUUCUAGCAUGUCCUUAAAAUAGAUUUCUGUAUUUCUUAUAAUUUCUUCAUAUCUUCAGAUCCCUAUAAAACAUUAUAAGUUACAAAAUCCCUGCAGUUAACCUAUGCAAACCAGACAUAGCAAAAAACUAAAGUGAUUAUCUUGAUUAAACAGAUUUUUAAAGGCAGUUCUUGUAAAUGUUACUGUGAACGAUCAAUAUCAUAACAGAACCCUAUUGAUUUAAAUAGAAGUUUUAUAUCAGUGUAUUGAAUUUUUACUGUAGGAAACUGGAAAUGUAAUAUCCUUGCUAUAAAACAUGUAAGUCAAAUCUA